AUGGCGUCGUCGGCGUUCAAGUCCACCACGCGCCGCGACCUCCACGCCUCCUCCUCCACCACCACCACCACCACCUCCCGCUCCGACCCGCCCCCGUGCCCACGCCGUUCCCGCUCCCGCAGCGUCAGCGCCGCCCGCGGCCACGGCAGCCUCCUCCUGCAGGAGGACUACCACGCCAACACCCGAACCAACCCGCUCUUCGACCCCGCGGCAUCCCCAUCUCCGCCGCAGCAGCCGGCGGGGUCUGCUACUAGCGCCGGCGGCGGGGAUGCGCAUGCGCCCAGGCGGGACAGAGGGCGCCAGCCGCUCAAGGGUGGGGGACGCGGCGGGGGUGGCGGGAGAUCGCGGUCGGUGUCCGUCGCGCCGCAGCGGAGGCACUCUGCCUCGGCGCCACAGAUACAGAGGCAAGGGAUGCGGCAAGGAAACUGCAGUAAUGGAGGAGUCGGCAUUCGAUUUCAGAGAGCAAACAAAGGGGAAUUGGUGCAAGCUGUUCAUCUCAGGGGUCAACAACCGGAGUGGUAUGGUUCUCGACAGAUGGAUGAAACAACCCGUUUAGAAUCUAGCACUGUUAUUUCUUCACCAGGUCAUCAUCUUGAGCAUGCCAUUUGGCAGCAGAACCAUUCAACUGUCCCAGUGGAUCCAGUUCUGGAAAUUCCUCCUGAGUUCGAUCCAGAUUCUGCUGAGUUUAUGUCAGACGUAAGUGAUUAUGCCACAGAAUACCGAAAGAAAGAUGUUGUCGAAAUCCCUCUUGAUUUUGAUACAGAUGCUGCUGAGCUGGACUCUGAUGCGAGGAACAAUGCAGCAAAACAGCACCUGGAGCAAAUGGAAAUUCCUCUUGAGUUUGAUACAGAUGCUUCCGAACUGGUUUCAGACAUAUGGCACCAUGAAGCAAACCAGCAGCUGAGACAAUUGGAAGCUCCUCUUGAGUACGAUCCUGACACCUCUGAGCUGGCUCCUGACAUUACAGAAUAUACAAUAAAACUCAAACAGUCACAUGAACGUGCUCGAAAGCUUCGGGCAGAUUUGGCAGUUGAAGAGCAGCGGGAACAAGAACUGAGUAGAAUGCUGAAGGGCAUAGUAACAGCUCCAAAUUUUACUGAGACCUAUAAAAAACGGCCAAGAAGAAAGAGUAGCAUAGAAAGACUGAAAGUGUUAAGGCAUUUAGCUGAAGAGGCACUGAAUUAUUUCGAGGAAUGUGUUUCAAUUUCAACAAUGGAUAGCACUGAUUUCUCGUCACCUGAGGACCAUCAACCAAAUUCAGUUUUAAAUGUCCAACCAAAGAGCAAUAGUAGAUUUUUCCACAAAGGGAGAUCGAGCUUUCAAGAACCCCACACUCCAGCUGAUCAACGUGGCCAUCAUGAGGAAUUGGACAAGCAAACUCAGUGCUCAAUUAGCAUGACUGGAUCUGAUGUGUCCGAUGGUGUUAUCUUUAGUAACACAAAAUGCCACAUGAAAUUUAGAAACAACUCCAGUGAAGAUAUUGAUGGCUUUGACACUCCACGGAGCAGAAGUUCUUGUUUCUCUUUCACCCAUGAGUCAAUAAAAAAUGUUGAAAACUGUGAUGUUCGGCAAUACCUUGGGAAUUUUGGAAUGGGAAACAAUAAAGAGCUAAGAGAGACAAGGUCUAGUUAUUUUGCUGAUGACUAUGUCUCCCAGAAAGUUAACCCGGACGUACUGAAGGAUAUGGCGACCUAUCAGAAUCGAAUGCAAUAUGGAGGGUUUCUUAUAUGUAACAUUAGAACAUUCUGA